AUGUCUACAACAAAUUCUAUAAGCGACGGUGGUAACAUCGUAGAAGGAGAAGCCGUGGAAGAAAUCUACGCUUGGAUAGACCAAAUUCAGUUCUCCAGACCAAAGAGAAACAUAGCGCGUGAUUUCUCAGACGCUGUUUUGAUGGCCGAAUUGUUGAAGAAGUAUUAUCCUCGUUACGUUGACGUUCACAAUUACAUCGCCGGCAGUAGCAUCGCAAAGAAAAUUGAUAACUGGGCUAUGUUGAACCGAAAGGUUUUAUCGAAACUUGAUAUGAAACUGAGCAAGGAAGUUAUCGGUCGAUUGGCCAACUCUCAGCAAGGUGUAAUUGAAAAGGUUUUGAGCAGUUUGAGAGCGAAGAUACUGAAGGAUUGCAAUGCCGACAGAGAUUCCCUGUAUUUUGAUCACGAAGAAAAUGGCAGAGGUGGUAAGAAUGGAGACGCUGAUAGACUGGGAGGUAGAACAGACUGGAUAUCGCAAGCAUAA